AUGCUUUCAAAAAAACGUAAUCAACAGUCAUCAUCUAUUACUAAACGUUCGUCAUUAAAACGUACAGUUAAUAAUGAUUCAUCCAUUACAUUAACCAAAGACCAAUCAUCAAUAGUAACAAUCCCAAUAUCAUCAACAACAAAUUCAAAUUUUGUUUUUCCAUCUACAACAAAUACAUCUAUACAAGUUACAACUCAAAGUGCGAAAUCAAAGAAAAAACAAGAACAAAUGCAAUCUUCAAAUUCACAUACAACAUCAAAUAAUGGCAAUGGUAGUAUACGUCGACGUUUUCUUAAUUUUCUUCGUUUUACUGCUGGUCGUCCAUCAACAACAGCAAAUCGUUUUUCACAUCAACAUAAUACAUCUACAACAAAUAAUUCUUGUCAAACUUCAAAACAACAAAAUUAUAUUUUAACAUCAUCAUCCUCACCAUCAGUACACGAUAAAAGUUCUAUAAUACCAAUAAAAGAUGAAUUUAUUGAAUCAAUUGUUGCAUCAGCCAAUGAACAUGUUAUUAAUAUACUUCCAUCGCAAACAACAACAACAACAACCAUUUCAAAUGAUCAUUUACUUGAAACUUGUCUAUUAUGUUAUCAUGAUUAUUCAUCUGAACAAUUUGAACAUUUAACAUUAUGUUCACAUUCAUAUUGUCGAACGUGUUUAAAAAGUUAUUUAAAAUUAGAAAUAAGUGAAGGCCGUAUCACACUUAAUUGUCCACAUAAUGAUUGUCCAGAACGUAUGCAUCCAUGUGAUAUAACACGAAUAUUAGAAAAUCAUCCUGAUCUUAUUUCAAAAUAUGAACAAUUUAUGGUUCGACGUGUUUUACAAUCUAUAUCUGAUACACGUUGGUGUCCAGCACCUGAUUGUGGAUUUGCUCUUAUAGCUUCAGGUUAUGCAUCAUGUCCAGAAAUUCAAUGUUUAAGACCGGGAUGUAAUACAUCAUUUUGUUAUCAUUGUAAAGCAACAUGGCAUCCAAAUAAAGCAUGUGAAGAUGCAGCACGUGAAAAAACAUCAACUAAGCUUCGUUCAGGUUCAUUUAUUAGUCUUGCUUCUGCUCAACAAAAAGAUGAAAUAAAACAAUGUCCGAGAUGUCAAGCAUCGAUACUUAAAAUGGACGAUGGUUCUUGUAAUCAUAUGACAUGUCCUAUAUGUGAAGCUGAAUUUUGUUGGUUAUGUGGUCGAGAAAUAUCUGAUUUACAUUAUCUUAGCCCAUCGGGUUGUACUUUUUGGGGUAAAAAACAAUGGAGUAGAAAAAAAGUUAUUCUUUGGCAAGUAGCUACAUUAAUUGGUGCACCAGUCAUAAUUGCAUUAAUAGCUGGUGUUGCUAUACCAGGUGUCGUUGUAGGUGUACCUAUAUGGGCUGGCAGAAGAAUAUUUAAAAAAUUUAAUAAUGCUCGAAAUAGUAAAACAAAACGAAAUCUUCUUGUAGCAUUAGGUGUUACAGGAAGUAUAGUAGCUUCACCAAUAAUAGCUACUCUUGCUGUUGGAAUUGGAGUUCCUAUUCUUUUGGCUUAUGUUUAUGGAGUUAUUCCAAUAUCAUUAUGUCGCACAGGUGGUUGUGGUGUUGGAACACGAAAUAAUAUUUUAGAUGGUGAUAAUUCUAAUAUUGAUAAUUUUUUACCAUUUUCUUUACGUGAAGUUGCUAUUGCAAGAGCAAUUCUUAAUGAUACACAAAGUGUAAUGACACAUCCAACAAUUGGUGGUGAUUCAACAAGUUUAUCAAAUAGUGUUGCACAUCUUGUUGAUGAUCGUAGUAAUGAAAGUACAAAAGCAUUACCUGGUACAGGUGCAAUAUCACUUUGUGAAAGUUUACCACCGUCAAAUCGUCUUGAAGUUCAAGCUGAAGUUAGUGAUUGUAAAAGUUUUGAUAUUGAAAGUAUUACAAUUAGUGAAAAAUCUUCUAAAACAAUGGAUAGUCUUAAAGCAUUAGCUGGUUCAAUUAAAGAUGCAUGUACAGUGCCUGGUGUUGAAUGUAAUAAUGAUAAUAUUUAUAAUAUAAAUGGAGAUCCUACUGGUCGUAAAUCAAGUCUAUUAAGUAGUGCAUCUGAUUAUGCUCGAUCGAUUAAUAUAGAUCAACAACAACAACAGCAACAAUCACAUCAUUCAAAUGUUAUUCGUGCCGGUUCACCAUAUAGUGAUAAAACAGUUUCCUUCUUUGAUGAACGUGUUAAAGCAAAGUCUAAAUACAGAAAAUUAAUUGGUUUAAAAUUGAAUACUUUUUCAUUCUGGCCAGUGGCUAUUCAAAAGAGCCAAUCAACAUUUAAUCAAUCAUCAAUUAUUCUUAUUCGCUUUUAUGCUAAUCAUUAUUUGCUAAUUACCAAUACAAUUAAAUGUGAUGAAAGAAAUCAUAAACAUUUAAUAUUUAUUAUUCUAGAUCGAUGUUUUUUCAUUUCCGAUAAUCUAAGCAAUGUUAAAAAAACUAUGGCACCACAUGACUUUGUUGAAAUUCGACUUGUAUGUAAAGCUGAUUAUCUUGACCCACAAUUAAAAAUAAAAUUACAUGAAAUUAAAGAUAAAUUAAGAGAAAUACUUCACACUGGUCGAAGAAAAUUUGCAUUAAAAAAAGUGCAGCCGUGGAAUAGUGUUAAAGUUACUUUUGAUAUUCCGAAAGAGGCAGCCGAUCGUUUACAUUUACUUGCUAUACAAGGAAAUGUACGCCUCAUCGAACUCGGAAUACUUAGUGUUGAAAUUGUUGGACAAUCAAAUGCUAUUGUAGUUAAUAGCAAUAAUAAUAAUAAUAAUAAUAAUGCAUCAACAACAACUACUCCAACAACGAACAGUAAAGAUUUAUCUAUGUCAUCAUCAUCAUCAUCAUCAACAACAACAACAACAACAACUAAAAUUCCAAUUGAUUCUCUUGAAUCAACUGUUCCUCCACCAUCAACAAAUAAUUUUUCAUAUGAUAAUAAUAAAACUGAUGAUCAUAGACAUAAACGUGUAAAAUUAGAAAACGGUAGUGAUCAACAAAAUUAUACGAAUUUAAAUAAUUAUAUGUAUAAAUCUUCUUCAACUACUGUUAAUCUCAUGCAACCACCAUCGACAAUGGGACAUCCUAUUGGUCAUUAUAUAUCACAACAACAACAACAACAAAAUUCACCAAUUCUUCAUCGACAACCACCAACAUCAACGAAUAAUUAUGGACGAUUAACUUAUCCAAACAGUGGAAAACCUCCUCCCCCUCCUCCUGCUCCUCAUUCAUAUCAACCUUCAUCAACAAUGGAUAAUAAUAAUACAACAUUAUCAAAUGGGAUUGGUAAUGAUAUGCAUAAUUAUCAUCAUCAUGAGUCUUGGCCAACAUAUGUUGAUCAUUCAAAUAAUUAUAAAAUUAAAGUUAAUGGUGUAUUAUCAAAUCAUUAUUAUCCUCAACAACAACAAUUAAAUCUAUCGGAUAGUUCAUCAUCAUCAUCGAAUAUUUAUUGUACACAACAACAAACACAAUAUGAUAUGAGAAGAUGUGAAACAAAUCUAACACAAAUGACAACAUCAACAACAAAUAUACAAAAUUCAUAUGAUGGUUCGUCAACUGGUUUAUCAUCUUGA